GGAGUAGGAAUGGGUGGGGCAGGAUGCAGGGGUUGGGUGGGUGGAGCCAAGACCCACUUCCUUUCCCCCUGGGGCUCAGUCUGUCCCAGUCCCGACCAAGCCUCAGGAGGAGCUGGAGGUGCUCACCCUGGCCCUGCGCCAUGUCCAUUAAGCUGGUCCUAGCUCCUGCUCUGAAGAUGACCCUGCUUCUCCUCCUCUUCGGGGGCUUCUGGAUCCAGGUGACGAGCAGCAACCUAGAUCUGCAGAACACAACGACGCUGACACCUGCUACCCCACAUAACAAGGCCCCAGACAUCUCUGAGGCCUUGAGUGUCAGCCAAACAAUCUCUACUAGGACAGACACAGUGGACCCUGCAGAGACUGCCAGCAUCGGGAGUCACAUCACACCCCCACCCUCCUCAACCCCCUUUGGAACUCCUGAAUUGUCUUCUCUUGGGGUUCCCGUUGGUGCUAGCAUGAGCAUCCCUGUACCUGAGCCUACAACCUCCCAGGAAGUUUCCAACAAGACAUCAGUGAAGCCUCCAGAAUCAACAGAUGUUCCCAGUGACCCUCCUGACACAAUAGCCAAUCCUGUGACAGACGGAACUGUGACAUUUACCUCUCUAGAAAACUCUAAAGGGACCAGUGCACACCCUGUCGCCAUGACAACAAGCACCAGUGAGACCAGUGGAUCCUCUGUGACUACAACAGUAAGCUUCAAGACCAGUGGUCCCCCUGUCACCAUGACUACUGGGUCUCUGGGUCUCUCCAGUGAGACUCAUGGACUCCCUGCCACCAUAGCAACCAGUUCUGUGGAGAGCUCUAGUGUAGCGGGUGGCACCCCCGUUUCUGGCAUAAAAAUAUCCAUGAUGUCUACCCCAGAGCCAAUAACCACCAGGACGCCACGCCAGCGAUCAAGCGGCAUGUUACUAGUGCCCAUGCUUGUGGCCUUACUGGUAGUUUUGGCUCUGGUUGCGCUAUUGCUGUUGUGGCGCCGGCGGCAGAAGCGGAGGACCGGGGCCCUGACCCUGAGCAGAGGCGUAAAGCGCAAUGGGGUAGUGGAUGCCUGGGCUGGGCCAGCCCGGGUUCCUGAUGAAGAGGCUGCAACAGCAACAGCGUCAUCAGGGCCAGGGGGCAACAAGGGCUCUGGAGCUCUGGAAAAAGAGGGGUCCGGCCAGCGGCCCACCCUCACCACUUUCUUUAGCAGACGGAAAUCUCGCCAGGGCUCUUUAGUACUGGAGGAGCUGAAGUCUGGGCCAGGUCCCAACCUAAAGGGGGAGGAGGAGCCGCUGGUGGGCAGUGAGGAUGAGGCUGUGGAAACCUCCACUUCUGAUGGGCUAGAAGCUAAAGAUGGGGCUACACCUCAAAGCCUAUGAGCAACAGGAGAUCCUCAUCUGACCCUGCUCCUUAACCCUGGAUCCUGCUCCUAGCAUCCUCCUAGCAUCCUCACACUCUACACUUGUGAAUAUUUGUGAGCCAUAUGCACUCAUUCAUUCAUUCAUCCCCCCCCCACCCCCCAGCCCUUCCUCCAUGCUCCCUUUGGAAUCAGUUUCCAUGAGAAUAAUCUUAGUUGACCUACAAUUUCUCCAAGGAUCCACCUUGGGAUGCUGGGGUCUGACAAGAAGAAUGAAGCAACAAACCAGCAAACUUCCGACAAUGAAACUUUGUGAAGUACAUGGCACCCCCCUCCCAUAGGGCCCCUUCAGCACUCCCAUUGCUCAGGGGUCAGCUUAGAGCCUGGAUGGGGCCAUCCAGCUUGCUCUUGGGUGAACUGUGACCUGUGACUUUUCCCAGAGCACUCUGGCUCUGGGCUGGCUGACAGCUGCUGGUUGAGGCUGCCAGAGAUCGGCUACUUCUCCUUGGGGCAGAGAUGAGACUUUCUGGUUCCAAGAAGCCCAGGCACCUGCUGUGUCCAUUCAGAGGUGUGGUUUGUGUGCAAGAUGUGACCCUUAGGUGAUGGCUGUGAACAGUACUGGUGAGUAGAGAUGGUGGGAGAGAGCAGGGCAGGGACUGGCAAAGUGAGGGACACAGGAACGACUGGGAACACCGGUGCCUUCAUCUUGCUCAGACAGGACAGGAACAGCUGAAAACCUUAAUCUGUGUGCAGCCUCCAAAAGAAUGCAAACUCGAUGGGGACUAAGCUGCCAGACCCUCCCUUCAAAGGCGCCCUUACACCAACACCCAUCCACCCACCCAUGCAUACAUGCUAGAAGAGGAGAGGUGACAGCCCAGCGUGGCGACUGGGUGCUGCCAAACCCUCUGGCCUUGAUGCCUUUCCCCUACAGGCUCGGUUUGUCUGCUUCCUCUUCCAUUCCAGGGCUGAAGUCCUUCCCUUUUCUAAGAAAGAGGGAGUUAGAUGAGAAUAUAGGCCCAGGGGCGGGAACAUGGGUGCUAGGGGCUCUCUGAGGGUCUGAGGUAGAGAGGACAGGCCCCAGUUGUGCUGCUUCUGACCCACUGUAGCCUUUGAUACUGGCCCAGGCUACAACCCAAGAAGACACGUGGUCCAAAGGUGGUUGCUGGAGGAGAUUUGCAAGAGGAAGUUGUUGAGUCAGAGGGCACAGUCCUUGAGAACAGACUGACCUACAAAAAGAGAUGUGUGAGUGUGAUUGUGUGUGGCCUACACGGGAGAGGGGAAGGUGGGAAAUGGAGCCCAGGCGGCUCACCUGUUGUAUGCUGGAGAGGGGAGGAUAGACGAGGAAUGGAAAGGGGCACAGCUGCUGUUGUGGGAGAUUUUGCCAAGAUGAGUGCCCCAAUUUCAGGGUUAGAGGAUAAUGUCAUGAAACUGAGAGGCCAAGGGCUCUGACUCCCUCGUCCAGUCAUUUCCUGGGCUGUUUCUGGUUUUCAGGUGCAGGGAGGGAGGGAGGUUGAAGAAAUGGGGUAGAGAUGGGGGGUGGAACCCAACAGGACUUCAGCCCAGACAGGGUCAGAAGGCUCUGAGUGCUAAAUUGAGCGAUAGGCAAAAAUGUCACAAGGGCACCAAAAGAAGGAAGUGUCACAGUGCUUCUAAAGGAAGACAAGGAGGCUUCAUGUUUAUCCCAGGGUCUCGGCUGCAUCCCAUGUCCCAUUGGCUCCUGUGCCUGGCAGAAGCAGGUGUUCAGUGUACAUUCAUAUGGAUGAAUGAAUGAAUGAAUGAGUGAGUGAAUGGAGGGAUGGAUGGAUGAAGAAAUGAGGUAAGCUCAUUUAAAAGUUCUUUAAAAGCUAAGAAGGGGGGCUGGAGAGAUGGCUCAGAGG